CCGGGCUGGCGCUGCUGGCCGUGGCGCUGGGUUUGGGCGGGUCGCGGGCCGAGCAGACGGAGGAGCACCUCAAGCGGGAGCACUCGCUCUCCAAGCCGUACCAGGCCGUGUUACCUCCGAGACUGGGAGAUGCAAGUGCAUUUUAAAAUCCACGGGCAAGGCAAGAAAAACCUGAACGGAGAUGGCUUUGCCAUCUGGUACACCAAAGAUCGCAUGCAGCCGGGACCUGUCUUUGGAAGCAAGGAUAACUUCCUGGGCCUGGGAGUGUUCGUGGACACGUACCCCAACGAGGAGAAGCAGCAGGAGGCUCAGAAGAGGAGGUACAGCCCGGGAAAUCAGCGCGUCUUCCCCUACAUCUCGGCCAUGGUGAACAACGGCUCGCUCACCUACGACCACGACCGGGAUGGGCGACCGACGGAGCUGGGGGGCUGCACGGCCAUGGUGCGCAACCUCAACCACGACACCUUCCUGGUGAUCCGCUAUGUGAAGAGGAGGCUGACGGUGUUGAUCGACAUCGACGGGAAGCACGAGUGGAGAGACUGCAUCGACGUGCCGGGCGUGCGCUUGCCCCGUGGCUACUACUUUGGGACUUCUUCUGUCACUGGAGACCUGUCAGACAACCACGACAUCAUUUCGCUGAAGCUUUACCAGCUGACGGUGGAGCGGACGCCGGAGGAGGAGAAGCGGGACAGGGAGGUGUAUCUGCCUGUCGUGGACAACCUGAAACUGCCGGGAAUGGAGGCACCGCUGGAACCCAUGAGUGGCCUGGCUCUCUUCUUAAUUGUCUUCUUCUCCCUCGUUGCCAUUGUUUUCGCCAUCGUCAUUGGAGUCAUCGUCUACAACAAGUGGCAGGAGCAGAGUCGAAAACACUUCUAUUGACUUGGGACACCCCCACCCCACCCCGAGAUGGCCCGUCGCUAGUCCUUGCUAGCCACGUCCCGACUCCCACCCAUCCCAGACUGGCCAGAGCGCGAUGGACUGACCCUCACGGCGGGGACCCUCAUGUCCCACCCCCCCCAAACCCCCCAGCGGGGAUGGCUGCUGUUUCUCACCGGGCUCCAGAACCCCCACGCCGCCGCCGGUGGGGGGGGGGGGGAUCCCCAGUGUGGUGUGUGAUGGACUGGGAGCCGAGCCCCCGUCCCCCCCCCGCCCCGAAGGAGCUUUGCUGUGGGAGUUGUGGAGGGGGGACAGGGGGUGCAGGCGGCGCUGAGCCGCGUCUCUGCCGCACGGGGAGCCCCAGUGCUGCAGAAGCCAGGCUGAGAGGCGUGCCAGCGAGCGCCUGCUUUCCUCACCAGCCUCCUACACCAACCCCCUCGCGGCGUUACCGAGCGAUUUGAUUUCCAGGAGAGACUUUUUUUUCUUCUUUUUUUUUUUUUUUUUUUUCCAAGCUGUUCAUCCCGCUCCGGCUGCUUUCCAUCGCCUGCCUUCAGAGACUGGACUUCGCUUCGGGCUUUGAAUUCCCCCACGGCCGUGCAGCCCCUCUCUGCCCCCGCUGCUCACCAAGCUUCGGUGUUUUGGGGAUGCUGAUUUUUUUUUUUUUUUUUUUUUUUUUCCCCGCCCCCCCCCCCCCCCCCCCCCCCGGCGGAGAGGCAGGUUGAGCUGGGAACCCGCCUGACUCACCCUCUGAAGAUCAGCCCGUCCCCUCCGCGCAGCCAACCCCCUCCUCGGUUUGGGGCGUUACCGCUGGGUUCCCCGUUUUUAAGGACCGUUUGCUGCUGCUCCUCGGGCCGCCGCCUCCGCACGCCUCCCGUCCCGGCGCUGCCGCCUGCGCCCGUGCUUGUUUGCAUGUCGUGUCGUGGCUUCUGGCAGCUUUGCCCUCGGCGCUCGCUGCGUCCCGGGGUCCCCCCCCACCCCGAGAAGGAGCUGAGCCUCAGCCGGGGGGGGGGAUGGAGCUGAUUCCCCCACCGCUCGGAGCCGGAGCUCUCGCCGCCUUUCAGGGAGUCGUGGUUUAUUCCUACCUCAGUGACUUUGCUUUGGUCAAUGAUUUUCCCGGCGUUUCUCUCGCCCGUUGUCGCAGCCGCGACCCCAUCGAGCGCUCGUGAGGCGAUGGCACGGGGAGUCCCCGCGGGGACCCACGAGCGGGAGAUUUUUAGGUCAGUUUGUCCCAGGAGAGUCUUUUAGUGGCUCUGGGGGCCAUCAGGGUGGUAAAUUUGUCGCCCCUGCCAGGCCCAUCCUGGGCAGCACCCUCCUCCCUCUGGUCCUGGGGAGCCGUGUCCUCGCCCCACAGCUUUCCAGGACACUCACACCCACGAAGGGGUCCCAGUGGUAACUGGGGUGGGGGCCAUGUGUGGCUGGUAGAUUUUUUUUUUUUUUUUUUUUUUGGUAGAAUACUGUUGCCAGGGUAGAUCGGAGCUUUUUUCUAAGUGCCCAACGGUUGUGGCAUGAAAGGAGAGAGUAUUUCUGGUGUUUUGCCUCUUUUUUUUUUUUUUUUUUUUUUUUUUCUCCUUUUUUCCCGCCCCCCACCCCGAUAACCAGGAUUGAAACCCGUGUGCCUCUCCCUGGAGCUGUAACUGGUGUCUUGGAAUAAACAUUGGUGAGUGUGA